AGACAAUCGCUGGUAGCAAACCAACGGUAACCGACUGCACCUUCACGAACAGGUGAAAGUACUCUUUGGGAACUUUUCUUCAUUCAGUUUUCCUUCUCGCGAUGGCAUCGUCUGCAAUGAUCACCGUCCCCACCACCGCCUCCCGCUUUGCCCUGCUCCAGAUAGACUCAGAUUCGGACUCUGACGCCUCCGAGCCGGGGAAGCCUGCCACCAAAAACGGACGGGACUCCUCUGGGAAGCCCCGACAAGGAAAAGCAGGAGCAGCCGGGGGGAAGGCUGCUCAGGGCAACGACAAGAAGAAAGACAAGAAAAAGAAGAAGAAGGAACAGCAGCAGAGUGAGGCAAACGAGUUACGUAAUCUGGCCUUCAAAAAGAUUCCUCAGAAGUCCUGUGCCCCACCACCCUCUAUGACACUGUCAGGAAUAGCCAGUGAACUUCUCAACCCCGCACCAGGAGACCACAAUAUACCUUCAGAGGGGUGGCAGCAGUGGAAACAGAGAGAUGAGCAGAUAACCACAGAACUAUAUGAGGCGGACUUGGAAAAGGCCUUGAUUCUCAGUAAGCUGGAAUACGAACAACAGAAACAGAGCAACACAAACACAUCCUCACCAAAGUCACGAGGAGGAAAAGAGGGCGGAGGAAAAAAGGACAAAAAGAAAAAUCAGCAGGCAAAAGACAAAAAGACAGUUUCUCUGCAGGACUUCCAGGCUGAAGGUAGUGCAGACCAAUUAAGUAGGAAACAGGAAAAAGAGGACGGCAGAGCAGCUAACCCAGUGCCAGGGACCGGACAGGAGGAGCGUUUUUUUAACAAGUUGGAAGAUGACGUCAGUCGGAUCAUCCAAAGGGAGAAAAGACGUGAGCAGUACGCUAACAGCCAGGGACAGGAAGUCAACACCUCCACAGAGCACGAACCUGACCCCCGAGCAGAGCAGCUGAAGUACGAGUUGGAGAAGAAAGACCAAGAAAUCGAUAAGCUAAAGAAGACCAUCUCACAGUGGGAGGUGAAGUACAAGGAGGUGAAAGCCAGAAAUGCCCAGCUGCUCAAGAUGCUCCAACAAGGAGAGAUGAAGGACAAAGCAGAAAUCCUUCUACAGGUAGAAGAACUCCUGCAUAUUAAAGAAGAACUGUCAUCACAGGUAACAUUACUACACGCUGCCCUUGAGCAAGAAAGGUCUAAAGUCAAAGGACUGCAGUCAGAACAACCAAAACAUCAGGGAAACAAGAAGGGAAAGAAAGGCUCCGAGACGGAUCUAUGAAGGUUCCAGAAGCAAAAUACCUGAAAA